ACAACAAGAUGGUAAAUGGUGUGACACCUCUUAUGGCUGCUAGAGAUGCUAACUCAACAGAAUGUAUCAAGCUCCUAGUUAAGGUUCAGGAGGAGCCCAUGCUUAAACGGGAAAUCGUGGCAUCAGAGCUUAUAUCACUAGGGAAUAUCUCUUUAAAGAAAAAAGAUUAUGCUGUCGCAGCAAAAUUGUACAGUCGGGCAAUGCAGCUUGAUCCUGAUGAUGCAGUCUUGUUCUCAGACAGGAGCCUUUGUUGGCUUCACAUGGGCGACGGAAGAAAGGCUUUGCUAGAUGCUAAUAAAUGCAGAAAAAUGCGGCCUCACUGGCCAAAAGCUUGUCGCCAGCAGGGUGACGCUCUGAUGCUACUGAAGGACUACGAGGGUGCAAGUGAACGGUUCUUGGAUGGACUCAAAUUGGACCCAGUGGACACUGACAUCGAGGAUGCAUUACGGGAAGCUAUGAAGUCCUUGAAGACGUCUCAGAGCACGAAAGCCAGGUGACUAUUUGGGUGUUGCAGGGGAAUCAGUUGAAGACUUGGAACGGCUCAGGAGUUUCUUCAUUUGCGCAAAGACUGGUUUCCUUUGUUAGAAAGUACAGCGGAGUGUCCGAUGGGAGUAUUACCAUUGCAUGUUUCCCUAAUAUCAGAUACUACAGCACAGUAGUACUGUAUCUGACAAUUUCUCUAUAUAGAACUGCAAUAUAUUUUUUUUUACAG